AUGACCUCUGUUCAGGAGAGACCACCGUUUUCAGCUGACAUGGCUCAAACAAAGCAAUCACUACCACUUCCUAGUGGAGAUGACCAUGCUGCCGUGAAUGGAACCUCCAACAACGAAAAGAAGGUUAAGAGUGGCGGAAUAAUUCCACCACCGAUACCUCAUAUUACGGAAAAUAUGACCCCAUUAGGGAGUAUUAUUGAGAGGGUUGGUCAAGACACGUUUAAAAGAUUCAAGGAAUUUUUCAUGUAUUUGGAAUCCACUACAGACCCGGAUGUUGUAAAAAAGAAACAUUUUUUGGAUAUUUUGACUACAAUUAGAGAGAACUAUUUAAGGCUGUAUGUGAUAUACAAGUGGAGUAAGAACCAUAAGGAGAUCAGUCAAUUUAUUGAUCUUUUUGUAUGGUUGAGAGAGCAAAACCAAACUAUACAAAAUGUUAUCGGUACGUUUGGCGGUAUCAAAUCUUCGUUAAUUAGUGCCAAAAUCCCAGAACCUGAUUUAGUUACAUCUUUAGAAGUUUUGCUUCAGGGAAGGCCAGACCUUCCGACGUACAAUUUUUUGGAAGGCCCUGAAUUACGUCCCGAGUUUGUACUCAAAGUUUUACAGAAUUUAAAUGUUGAAUUAUCAAUUAAGAUGGCUUCGCAGGAGACGCUUCCGAAGGAAUUCCAUAGUUACACUAUAAAAAAUGGAGCUGUCUGUUUUAAUGUUCCGGGAUAUUUUUCAUGUUCUUUAUCAAUGUUGAGUGAUGAAAAAUUCCGCUUGAUUGAUUUCAAUCUCGGGUUCAAACUUGAGAACUCUAUCAUCGUUCCCACACAAGGGGAAGAUACAAAUAGUACGAUACUGCAUACCAUUCAGAACUACUGUGAUACAGUUGUGAACGACGAAGGAUUUGGUAGUCUUUAUGAUAUCUUGUACAAUUUUUCGAUCAAUUCAAAAAUUUAUUUGAUUCAUAAACAGUUAAUUGAUUUGAGGAUGGGUUUAUGGAGAGGCAAUAUGACACAUUCAUACACAGCAGAAAAAUCUUUGAUUACAGUAUCCUACUGGUUACAGAAAAAGAAUGUGAAACCAACAACGGUCCAAAUUGGAAAAUUCCAAAAUAAAAACGGGGAAUGUGAACUAUCCUUCAAAUGGUUCAAAGAGGAAGUACUACAAGAGUCUAUUGAUGUAAGACUGAUAGAUGAUGAUGGUAAUAUCGAUAUAUUGCUACUGCUAAAUACUUUAAUCAAGGAACAUAUCAAAUCCAUAAUCUUGCAGUUGAAGGAAAAAUUGAUUGAAUCUGUAGAAGAUGUUGACAAAAUGAUCAUAAUUUCCGGUGACUAUGAAAAAUUAACAUUUAAAAUUGCACAAUUCAAAGAGAUAACAUUUAGUAUAGAUCCCCUAAGUGGUUCAUCAUAUUUUGAAAAUCCCACAAAUAUGAUGAAUCGAAGUGCAUACAAGAUCAAUUGUGGUAUCAGUAUGAAUUUUAUCGAGAUUCUAAGAUUGAAAAUGUUGAUUCAAGAAUCAAUGUUUGCAUCAAUGAUGAAUGCCACUGGAUGGGUGCACUUGAACAAUAUUAGAUUGAGUGUUGACGAAAUUCCUAAAUUAAAAAUAAAUUACUCUAACUUGAAAAACGGUAACUUGAGGAGCGCAUUAACUUCGAUUGGUGUUUAUCGAAGAAAAGACUGGCCAACAGGAUGGGCUAUUUUAGUUGCACACUUUGGAUUUCAGUCAAAUGUGCAGUUAUGGUGUUCUAAAAUUCAAUCGAUUGAAGGCCAAUGGAUAAUAAACUGGUGUAGCGAAAUUGAACUAAGGGAAUUAUAUGAAGAUGUUUCAGGCUUAUGUUUAACGUCUGCGCUUAAUAUGAAGACGGAUGUAUCAUACAAUGAAAAACAAAAACAGGAAGAACACAAUGGGCCAAACGAACCCACACAACUCCAGAACCAAAGAUCCAUGACUUACACAGAUCUAGUAGGUCUGGUAAAAAUUGCUAGUUCUAAGUUAACCUCCAACUUGAUCGUCAAGGAAUUAAUCGACCAUGGAUGUAAAUUGAAGAUUUUGAAUUUAGGCGAUAAAUUGGUCAAUGACUUUUUAAUCAAGAACUUCAAGAUCGAUAUGACUAACUUGGCAUCAACCGAAAAUGCUGUUAUGCUGAUAAAAAAUGACUCUUUAUUCCAUAUUCAGAACUCUAAAGAUUCUUUGAUUUUACUGAUCUCAAUCAAGAGUAGUGAAUUAAGUGCUAAAAUAUAUGGACAACUUAUUGAUAAUAAAAGCUCAAGAAAUUUGCCCGAUAUUAGCUUUAGUGACGAUUAUAAUACUAGUAUUGAAUACACAUCUUCCGAUAAGCGCUUCAAAAUUGAAUCCACUGUUGAUUUAUCUAGCCAAUUUCCCUUAUCGAUUUCCGACAAAUCCUCUUAUCUUGGGAAUAACUUGAUACUAUCAAAUACACUCUCUUUCUUGGAGAAAUUUGCAAAGACGUUGAACUUACUAAAAAUAAUAAGUAGGGACUCGGGUCUAUCUAUCAUUAGAGUUUUGUCUGACAGUAUUACGUUCCAAUACGGACCUGAUGAGAAUGAAUAUAUUACACUGAGAAUUUCUUCUAAUGGGGAUGGCAGUAUCAAUCUAGAACUCCCGCCUGAGAACCCACAUUAUAAGUAUUCUCAGCAUCUGAAUUCUAUUGUUGCAGCAGCGCCUUUCAAUAGUAGAUUGAUUAAAGAGCUAGUUCUUUACAUGACGGAGACCCUCAAAUAUUGUAAAGCUAUUGAUAAAAUAUGCGAGGGUAAAGCAAAAGCACUUGAAGAUUUCAACAGAAAAAACGAUGCUGUUGACUAUAAAAAAGAUCCUACGAAGUUUAGGAUAAUGCCAGAAUACGGAUAUGUGCCAUCUAUUUGCAAUAUUGAAAACUUUAGAAUAACUUAUUUUAGACAAUACAAGGUUGAUAUUCAGCAAAGUUCAGGCAAGAAGAAAAAUACCAAGUCGAUCACUGAUGUUCUCAAAUUUGAGAUCCUAGUGGAAUUAAGACAUCGGAUCAAUUGCGUCUCUAAAAAGCAUUCUAAGUUUUUCAUCACACUGGGGGAUUUAAGAACAGAUACCCUAGGUGUGGUUAAUACAAUGGCACAAGUGAAGGAGUCUUAUAGCAAGGCAGAAGAACUUAUACAUUGUAUAAAUCAAGUUUGUGAGCUGACAACAAAAUAUUUCAAUGGUGAGAAUUUCCCAACGAAAAUUGCAUCUGGUGGUAUAGUGUUCUUGCAAGAUGGAAUCUGUUGUGAUUUUGAAAGUAUCGAUAUUGUUUUACUAGAUUUACAUGCUCACUUGUUGGGAUUGAUCACACCACCAAAUUCCAAACCAAACUAG